AGAUCUGUUGAUAGCAAGAUGCAAAAUCGAUGACAUCAACUAAGAGCCAAUACUGUUGAAUUCAGUUCUAGUUUAAACAUAUUGGCUGAUUUGGAAAAGUCAUCAAAAUCAUUGAUUUGAUCAAAUUGGGUGCGUCUUGAGAAAGAUACGAGCUAUGUAGCUUCAUACAUUGUUGGAUACAAAUUCAUCUAUUGUCGCUUCUACAUUUUAAUUCAUUGCAUUCAAAAUUCAUUCCUACUGUAAGUGAAACACAUCUUAAUAUAAGAUCUCAAAAUGAAUUAAGUAACUAGUAAAAAUCAUUAAAGCUGUUCAUGGUUGUACGUUUUCAAUGUCAGUUAGGUAUUUCAUCGACAAUUACACAACCAGCUGCGGUUAACAUUUGCUUACAUUUUGGUGAAAGUCAUUAAUUUUUUAAACUCGAGUUUGGCUCGUUAUAAAGAAAUUCCAAGGGCAUUGUUAGAGCCUGGAUCUCUUCCAUGUUGUUUGAAGUUUGAAUGAGCUAAAGUAAGGCAAAAUUUUAAAAGGAGGAAUACCCCAAAAUUAGAGCAGGUUGGAUAAGAACCAUAAGAACUUUGAAGCAAAUAAUAUCUUUGAUAAAUAGGUACAUUAUGAAUGCGAACAAGGGACCGAUUGAACAAAAUUAUCGUCCGGUUGUCCACGUGCCAAAAGUGGACAAAAGUACCGGACAACCAAUCCCUCAGUGGAAACAGCAGUUGAUCAUGACGAAAAUGUCCAAAAAGAUGGAAGAAGAGCAGCUUUCAAAGAACGAGGUGAAUGGAAACACUAAUGGACUACCUGAAUGGAAGAAAGAGGUUCUUGCCAAGCGUGAACAGAAACUAAUGACCUCCGAAGAUCCAAUAUUAGUUAGAAAGAGGAAAAUUAAGUCAUUACGAGAAGAACAAGAAUCGCCAAACGUACCACCAUGGAAGAAAGAACUCAUUAGAAAGAAGAUUGACCAUAUAAAAGAAGAAAUAGAAAAUCUGGAAAGACAACAGAUGAAUGGGCAAUGAAAGUAAAAGUAACUGGGAGGUUUCUAAAAGAGAAACGAAAAAGAUGUGCUUAAUUUUGCUGAAAUUACAAUUACAACUUUAGUGAUAACAGAACAGCGCAAAACGAAAAUUUAGUAAUUGAGUUCUCCAAUUUCCAACAGAAAUUGUUUGACAUGCAAUUUUCUUAUAGACAAUACAUAUAACUCGCCGUUCACCAUAGUGCAAAACAGAGUAAUUACCUAGUUGACGAUUGCAAUUCAAAUAAUUUAAUUUUGCUACACGUGGAGAGUUUCUCAAAUAGCUUAUGUAGUAUUUAACUUAACAACUACCUUUUCAUAUGAAACAUAGAUUUAGUUUGAAUUUUAAUCUCUCUUUACAUAUAUCAAGGGAAUAUGUGCUAUGUACUAUGAAUAAUGAAGCAUAUCUCUUGUCACUCAUGAUCGAAACAUUUAGAGGGACAAGCAAGAAAUGGCUCAUUAGAGAAAAAGCUGUUUAUCGUGCUUUCUAGUACAUGCUAUUAGUUAAAUAACGUUGCAGAAGUUUUAAUUAUUGAAAAAGGCAUUUUUUAUUUAUUUUCGCCAUUUCACCAUCUUUGCUAUAGAAUCAACUAAGCUGAAAUAACAAGUACGUUAAUAUAUUGACUAGGCCUGUUUGUUGAACAAUAAACCUACAAUCAAUGCCAAAAGUACUUGAAAUACCCAGCAAUUUGCGUUCUGUUUUUAUGUUUUUUCAAUUUUUUUUCCUGAUUCUCCUAUUUGCGCACCCCCUUCCCCCCUAAACAAUGUUGAUAAUUUAAGGAAAACAUAGAAGUCGCAGAAAAAUCGUUCUUCCUAGUCCCCUACGUCGUUUUGUAAAAUUUGCUCCUGAAAAAUGACGUUAGUGUACCAAGACUUUAGGCAAGCAUUGUAGAAUCAGUGAUGACUGCUAUCAAGCUAAGAUUAACCGAGCUAUAGCUUUCUACGUCUAAAACAAAAAACUCAAUGUAAAGCUAUGGAUAAUAGCGAGAAAUUCUUGCAUUGAUAUUAAAAAGGAUAACCAAGACCUUCUGUGAGGGCUGCAAAGGACUCAUUUCUGUCUGCUCAAUUGCUCACCAAGAGUUGAUGAAAUCGUUUGCUUCACUUGUCAAAUGAUGUUUCAUUCCUAGUAACCUUCUGUAUGCUUCAUGGAAAAAUGAAAUGUCGCUUUACUUCUUUAUGCAGUUUAAUUGUUUAAUGAUAUGAUAACCCGCAUACAAACGAAAACUGGGUGCAUCGUAAUCAGUUGUAUUUAACAAUCUAUUUCACUUUGGUGCAAAAAAUUAUUUGUUUAUUAUAUGGUCGAUAAAAAUAAGCCUAUCGGUAGAAUAUAGAAGGUUUGGUUUAUGAGAAGAAUUUUAGAUGUUUUUAAAAAGCCUAACUGCUGGGCAAAACUCAGCCAAAUUGUGAGUCACUAUUAGAUAAGUAAUUGCUUUUCUCAAACAUUGUUACUAGUAAAGCCAUUAAAUGAAAACUCAGGCAUGAAUAUAUCAGCUUUGAAAAAAGGCAAAGACUGGAAAAUACUUUCGGAUCGCUUCGUAUAACUUCCUAUUUUUUGGGUUGCCUUUUUUGGUUUAUUUGCAACAUUGUUUAACAGCGUUCAACAAAAAACACGAAAAAAAACAAUAUUUCUAGACAAUAAAAUGCGAUAUAACCUUGUGCUGUGUCCUGCAGAACUGAAAAUGCCUCUUCUCUUAUAUCCAGCUCAAGGG